GAAGAAGCUGGUAAAGUUGGAUAACAAUGGAGGAGUGCUGCAUGUCUGACGAGGACCUGGAGAGACUCAGGAUACACAGAGAAAUAGAGAGAAGACUCCGUCGUGAUAAGAGAGAGUCUCACCGGGAGCUGAAGUUGCUGCUUUUAGGGACUGGUGAAAGUGGGAAGAGCACUUUCAUCAAACAGAUGAGGAUCAUCCAUGGCAGCGGAUACAGUGAAGCUGACAGGAAAGGUUUCACUCGGCUGGUGUUUCAGAACAUCGUCACGGCCAUCCAGGCUCUGAUCCAGGCCAUGAAGACUCUAGAGAUUGACUUCAUCGAUGACCAGAACAUUAGGCACGCCGAGACGCUGAGAAAAGUGGAGGUAGAGCAGGUGUCCACUCUGGCGGACUUGCAGGUGGAUGCAAUUAGAAGAGUGUGGAAUGACCACGGUGUUCAAAGAUGCUACGACCGCCGGAGGGAAUUCCAGUUAUCCGACUCUGCCAAAUAUUACCUGAACGACCUGGAGAGAAUCACAGAGCCGCUUUACAUCCCGACCCAGCAGGACAUCUUGAGGGUCAGGGUCGCUACCACAGGCAUCAUAGAGUACCCCUUCGACCUUUCAAAAGUGAUCUUCAGGAUGGUGGAUGUGGGUGGUCAGCGUUCAGAGAGGAGGAAAUGGAUCCACUGUUUCGAGAACGUCACCUCCAUCAUAUACUUGGCGGCCCUCAGCGAGUACGACCAGGUCCUUUAUGAGAGUGAGAAUGAUAAUCGACUGAAAGAGAGCCUCGCCUUGUUCAAGACCAUCCUCUCGUACCCUUGGUUCCACGAGUCCUCCACCAUCCUCUUCCUGAACAAAACAGACCUGCUAAAUGAGAAAAUCUCACAGUCUCAUUUGGCAAAUUACUUCCCAGCGUUCAGUGGGCCUCCGUGUGACGUUGAAUCUGCGAAAAAGUUCAUCUUGCAAAUGUACGUGGAGCAUCACAGCGGGCAUCACAAACCCCUUUACUCACACUACACCUGCGCCACGGACACAGACAACAUCCGGAUCGUCUUCAAAGACGUCAAAAAUAUGCUCUUCAGAGAUAACCUUGAAAAGUUCAACCUCGAGUAAGCAAGGUUGUAGGACAAAGUGAUGGUUUCGCCUUUAGGAACGAGAAAGCUGGUUACAGUCCCAUGUUGUAACACUUUUGUGGACAUUUUAUCUAUUAUGUCAGGUAAGGCAUGUUCAUAUCAGUACUGUAUAACACAGACAGUGUGUGUCUGUGUACAUUUUUUUUUUCAACACAGUUCAUCAUGCAGUAGAUGUUUAAAAAAGCAUAUUUUCUAUUGCUACAGAAGAGAAAUGGACAACUGCAUUGUCAGUUAAUGUUUAAACUCCACUGUUACAGACUAUUUCCUUUUCUCAGAUUUUGGUGUGAUAAUCAGCAACUGGUAUGAAACUGGUCUGACCAAGUCUUAUCUUGCAAGUAUGCAAUCCACCUUGUCUCACAGCUCUGGGAGGAGGAAGUAAAGGAUAGCCUACAGGGAAGUACAAAUGCCUUAGCUUAUAUUUAUGUCUGCAACAACAACAACCAUGUAGCCUAUGAAAUUAUUCUUUUUUUCACUAAUUUUCACAAAAUAUAGAUAUUAAAACCA